AUGUCGCUCGAAGAGGUCCAGAAAGUUGCGCCUCCGCCAUGGAAGUCGCUGGUUGCUGGAUGUGCCGCGGGUGCGGUGGAAGGUCUCGUAACCUACCCUUUCGAAUUUGCCAAGGCGAUGCUUCAGUUUGCUCCAAAUGCCAAGAAUUCCCCAUCAACGGCUAUGGUAUGCCAUGCAUUUUCCAUUCUAUUGUCGUUGUCGGUGGUGAGCAAUCCUUUCGUGUUGGUCUAUAAGACAGCAGCCGAAAGAGGGAUUCCCGCAUUAUAUGUGGGUUGUAGCACGGUCGUACUCGGGACGGCAUUGAAGGCCUCAGUGCGAUUCUUGGCAUUUGACAGCAUCCGAGGAGUCUUUGAAGAUGAGCAAAAGCGAUUGAGUGGCGGACGUGCACUACUCGCCGCGAUGAGUGCGGGCGUUAUGGAAAGUGUGCUUGUAGUCACCCCUUUUGAAACGGUCAAAACGGCUUUAAUCGAGGACGCAAAGAGGGCUCGACCACAGUAUCGAGGUAUGAUACAUGGUACUAUAAGCUUGAUAAAAGAGACGGGGAUUGGAGGUGUGUAUCGUGGUGUUUCUGCGGUCACGAUGCGCCAGGUUUCCGUCAGUUUUGCACGAAUGCUGAGUUUCAGUAGUAUGAAAGCGAUUCUGCAAUCAGGACAAACAGAUCAGAAUGCUAAUCUUGGUAGAGGGACCACCUUUGCUAUUGGUGCUUUAGCUGGUGUCUUUACUGUAUAUUCAACGAUGCCAUUUGAUACUGUCAAGACUCGUAUGCAGACUCUCGAAGCAAAGUCACAAUAUACGUCGACAGUCGAUUGCGCGCUGAAGAUGCUAAAGAACGAAGGAGCGUCGGUAUUCUGGAGAGGAAGUACUGCGAGGUUGGGAAGGAUUGUAGUAGGCAGCUCAUUCUUCUUCUUAUGGAUUGAGAGAUGA